AUGAUCGGUUCUCUUACGCGUUGUUUCGUAAUAAUCUUGAAAAACUCGCGGCUCCUCAUUCUUAUGAUCACAAAGCACCCGCUUUUCCAUAAGGCAAAGCCAGACACUCCCAAACUUUUAUUCACACCAUUCCAGGUGGACAUCAAGGGCGAAAGCAUCCUAUCAUUCCAUAUCAACCUAGUUGCCGACAAUUUGUACGCCAUACAAAAUUAUGUUCUUCUCCAGCAGUCAGACACAAUCUUGAUCUAUCGGUACCGAAUCAAGAAUGCCAAGAACGGUAAAAGUGAGAUAAUGCUCACCAAAAUAAAGAGAAUCGAAAAUCAUGUCAUGAAUUACCUGGUUCAUUGUGUUAGUCGCCAAGUCCUGUGUCUGUUGUUCAACGUGAUGUUGACCCUGGUGUCCAGAAAUGUGAAAGCGUGCAAUCGUGAACUGGAAAAGAUCAUACUCUGGAUGAAAAUUGGCGAUAUUGUGGAUGUACACGUAGACGAGUGCGUAAAAGUAUGGGAUAGGUACGGUGUGGUCAAAACGUAUUAUAAUGAGGAAAGUGGUUGUGAGCAACGACUGGAGCAACGCGAUGGUACGGGAGGUAAGAGUGGAAAGAAAAAUAAACACGAUACGACCGAUGGCGAUGCCAAAGAGACCGUUACUAUUCGACCAAGCAAUGUGCCUGCCUCUAAGUUGGUAAAUGACGAUUUUGUUCUUGAGUGCAGAAACAGCAGGCUCAGAAUGAACUAUUUUAAGAGAAGUUUUGUUGAGAAUCUUAACUUAGUUAAUGUUAUAGAUUUUGUAUGUGUUGGUAACACGGUAUUUGUGCUGUUGAAGAACGGAGUAGAAGUGCUGAUUUUUAACUAAUCGCAAAGCAAGAAUUGAUGGAUAAAAAUCACCCGGUAGCGCAAUCGAUAGGGUAUAACAACGAAUUUUGUUUGUCAAUGUUUAGUUAACUAAAUAUUCGU